GUGUGUGUGUGUGUACGUGUGUGUGUGUGCGUGUGUGUGAACGUGUAUUUGUCUGCGUGUGUGGCUUUAGUGAACACAGACGCAUCUGCUGAAUAGGAUAUAUAGAGGAAUGCAUCACUUGAUAUAUAAUCCUUCAGUGCGGAGAUUUCCAAACAGGAUUCUCUCAACAGCUUAGUUUAAGUGAGACAUCAUAUGAAGACACAUCAAAAGCCUGAUAAGAUUGAUAAUAAUCCAGGAUUUAACAUUUGCCCAUUGGAUUUAUUAUUUCGGGCAGUGCUUUAGUCUCAAGAGACAAAGAGAUUUGUUAGGUUUUAAGUGCAAUUGUUAAACAAUGUAAUCAGAACUACUAAUUCAAGUGGCAUUAUUUUAACGUCAUGUUUUUGAAAAGUGCAUUGAUCUCAACGACCUGACUAUAGUAGUUUAUCACAUAUUGUAAACAAAUGUAUUGUAUUAACCUGAUUAUUUCUAUGCCAAGGCUAUAUUGCCUCGUGGAUUGCGUUAACGAUUUCUCUGUAUUGAACACUUCGCCUAAUCAUCACAAAAAAUCACUGAUUAAUUCCUAGUCGUUCUUUUAAUCAUUCAUUUUAUUGUCGAUUCCUUGAACAUGGUCCGAUGAUCAGAAAGAAGGAUCAGAAAAAGACAUAGAGUACAUAGUAUUAGAUUGAUGUAUGCAAUGGGUCCAAACAUGUCUAAUGAGUAUCCUUUGUCUCAGUGUGGUCGUGACUGUCACCUCUUUGUGUGACCACUCCCAUAUCAGCUCCGUGCUUAUCCUAUAGGCUAUUGACACCACACACACGCUAUUAGCUAUAAUGUGUCCCCUAAAUAAAGUCCAUCCUAAAUCAAAUGCAUUGAUGGGAAUCCAAAUAUUCCGAAACUGUUUUGAUCGACAGCAACAGAGCAGCAUAAGCUACAUGUUUAAAGCGCAAUUAAAAGAAGACUAAUAACAUUAUUACCGUUUUGGAUUUGGUUCCCGUUAUAUUCGAAUUGAAAACAGGUUAGGCGGAAGUUUUACAUAGGCAUGUUGCGAGCCAAAAUAACGUUUUUUAUCCUGUUAGUUUUGUUAUUAGUACACAUAUUAGCAGAACUAUGAAGCUGCAAUCUGAAGUUCAUGACCACAAUGUCAACUCCGCUGUAACCUACCACACAAGUUCAGGAGUUUCAUGCGUCGAUUCUUCUAACAAAAAAUGUCUUUCCAGAAGAUUUUUCCUGUAUCAUUAAAUAAAACAACACUUCAGUUUCUAGUAUGUUAGUGUGUCAGCUCUCCUUCUCCAUCGAGCCUACUUCUUCACAUUCAUUCUAUCUUUAGCUCUCUCACACCAACUUUCCUAAAUUAGCCUACUAAUGGACCAGGAAAUUAACUCCAAAUACUACAUUGUAUUUAUCUAAAUCCCCAGGUAAAGAAAGGCAGGCUCCAUUAUAGAGAGGAUGUCUGGUAAAGUAACGCCCAGGCUUCUUCUCCAAGUUGCAGGAGGAUUAUAAUCCUCACCUCCGGAGGAGCACGGCCAUUGGAGGACGAUGGCACGUGACCACUGCGCCCUUCUGCAGCUGUAGGAACAACCGAGCUCAACAGUUGAGAUGCCCGUUGGACACCGUGGUCCAACGUCAUGGCAUGGGCAAGCUCGGAUCCAAGGGCACGAGUCGGAGUCCAUUUACCAUCUGCUGCUCAGAGUUGAUGUUUCCCUGGAUGAAUCCGAGAGCAACGGACACAAAAGGGUCAGCAGCAGGGCUGGUCGUCGGCGUCGCGUCCGCCGGCCAGUCCGGCUGCGCGGCGGGAGGCGGCCUGCGGAGGGAGAGGACGGCCUUCAGCAGCGGCCAGCUGCUGGAGCUGGAGAAGGAGUUCCACUUCAGCCCCUACCUCUCGCGAACACGCAGGCUGGACAUGGCGACCGGCCUGCGGCUCACCGACCGCCAGAUCAAGAUCUGGUUCCAGAACCGCAGGAUGAGGUACAAGAAGGAGCGCAAGGACCUAGGGGCCGCCGGGGGGGGCCCGCGCUGGGCCACGCGCACAGGCCCUACCCUCGGCGUGGCCCCCUCGGGUUCAGCCCACCUGGCCUUUUCAGACGCUCAAGUUAUCAGGGCGUUGUCGUCGUCGUCCUCGCCGCUGCCUCAGUGUCUGGAUUAUGAUCAGAGCGCUCCGACGCUGCUGGAUGCGCACAGCGAUGCCAUCAACAGCUAUUACGGUCCCGUUAACCCUGCAGACUUGCCGCCUCUCGACGGCCUGGCGCCAUCUGUUGCAGACGGUUCACAGUUGUACCCUGUAGAUAGCAGCCAUCACGGGGACCAGAGACGGGGCCCAGGGCCAAGCCAUUUACCAGCCUCCAUUUACUCACAUCCAAUUCUUCUGGAUCCCUCUUCCCUUACCUACAUGUGACCAGGAGAUGUAAUGUUGACUUUGUUACAUGAAAUUCCAUCCUAUAACAUUUACAGUAUGAAUAUUAAGGUUGUACUAUGAUCACUUGUAAGCAUUGGUAAUUGUGUUUUUAAUUUGUAAUGACUGACAGUGAAAGCUCACUAUUUAGCUCUACUUGGUUGUUACACACAUUUAGCUUUUCUUCACAUUGAAAAAAACAACCCUUCCAGAUUUUACAGUUUCCUACUUUUGUAAGGUAAUUUGUGUGGUGGAGCAUGGUUGCAUGGUACAAGUUGACUCUGGGUCUAAUUCUGGGGGUAAUGUGUGCCGUUGUCAUGUGUUGCGUUUUUAGCUGUUCACAAGAUCUACGCACACUGUUUUGUUAAAAUUACAAUUCUGUAUUUACCUACUCUAAAAAAGGUCACCUUAUUAUUCCAAUGUGGCAGGUCAUGAAUGUGUUUAUGAUUAGAAUGUAUUUAUUGUUUUACUGACAUUUGAGAGAUUUUAGAUUGUGGAUCUAGAAAUAGAAAAAAAUAGAUAGUCAUAGAUCUAGAAACCAGCAAUUACAUAUGAAUGCUCCGGGCAUUUGCCUGUUAACUAUGGUGUUGUUUAACCUUUACUUUUUAUAUUGUUUAUGUCUUCAGUCAAUAUUUGACUCCGCCAUGUCCACACUAUGAAUGUUUACAUUUGAAAACGUGUAUCCACUAAAACAGGGAAAAACACGUACAUUCUGUCAUGCAUUUUAGCAUUUUUACUUGGGCAUUAUGGAAAAUUAAUAAUGGCUAAUUUGUGUAAGAAUUUUUAACAUCAGAUAAGCAUAUUUGUAGUGAAUCAUAUAAGACAUUAAAUAUUCAGUGCUGGAUUGUGUUCUGGAUAGAUGAGAUGUCAUGUCUGCCCUUAAUAAAUGUGUUUGGA